ACAAGCGCGCUCCCGUCUUUAACGUGCUACUCCCCCCACCUCCCGGAACACCGUACGUGCGCGCACCCCUAUAUCGCGUGGUGGGGAUCAUCCAUAUUGCUGCUAGUGGUGGAGAUAAGGUUGUAAUCCUGCGAGGCCCUCGGACACGUUUCUUUAUUUUUAUACAUGUUUUAAUUCGCCGCCGACGUCUCCGCGUCUUCGACCGAAGAUCUUUUUGGAUCUCGGCGCGGCAGAGGAGCGGCAGAGGAGCGGCACAACUUCACGUUUCCUCGUAAAUUGAAGGCGAAUUCGGGCCCGAGGGAGGAGGAGGAGGGAGGGGGGAGAGAGAGGACUGGUAAUCCUGAAGGGGGAAGAAAGACGGCGGUGGGAAAUGGCCACUCAGGUGGAGGCUCUCCUGCCCGGCAACCCGCUGUUGAAGGCGGCGGCGGCGGCGGCGGCGGCGGCGGAGGAGGAGCAGCACGGCGAAGCGGUGCGCUGCGAGCCGGAGGAGGGCGCACGGCGUGGCGACGGUGCCAAGCGGCAGGCGGGGAGCGGCGGCGGAGGGCCGGGAGGGACCCCCGACGCACAGGAGGUGGAGGAGGAGGAGGUGCAGGAGGGCAAAGAGGGUCGUGACAGCGACGACAAGCAGAACGAGGACGGCGUUAAAGGCCGAAAGGAGUUUACCGAAGCGCCCCCGCCCAAGGUGAACCCGUGGACCAGGAAAAUGAACCCGGUGACGGUGGUCAGCGUGAACGGACAAGCGCACCACGAGUCGACCGGCCCGGCCAAGGUGGUGAGAGCCGGGAACCCACCGAAGGCCAGACGUGGAGGAAAGGUUGGAGACUUUGGCGACGCCAACAGCUGGCCAACACCCGGGGAGAUCGCGACUAAAGACAUGCAGAUCGAGGCAGUGACUCGGACCGAGUCCUGCCCGCCGACUGUCAGGCAGGUCAGAGACUCGUGGAGAUUCACUACACCGAAGAAGACGACGAUGUCGUCGUCGACGACGUCAGCGAUAACGACGACGACAACGUCGGCCAAGAAGGAGUCGAAGGAGAAGAGGGAGAUCAACGAGGAGAGCAAGGAGAACCUGAAGGCCAAGUCGGACGACUCCGGGGAGGAGAAGAACGGAGACGACGACUCCCAGAAGAACGGGCCCAAGAAAAAAGGGAACAAGCAGAAGUGGGUUCCCCUGAUGAUCGAGGUGAAGUCCGAGGGUCCCCGUGAGCGCUCGGCCUCGAGGAACAACAGCCGGCAGAACGAGAACCCCCGGCUGCCCCCCAACGCCCGGAACGACCUCAGAGACUGGCACAGCCAAAAGUACGAGCGUGAGUGGCGCGAUGACCACGACGAGGUGUCCAGCGUGAAGAGCGAGGGAGCGCCGUUCCGCGGAGGGUUCAGGGGUCGCGGACGCGGAAGAGGAAGAGGCCGGGGACGAGGCGGCAGAGGUGGCAGAGGUCACUAUGACUACCACUACGGCUACAAGUCCUACGAGGGGAAGGACGGCCCCAUCGCCCAGAAGUUCGGCAACACGGUGACCUACUACUACGACAACAUGAGCAGCAACGACCUCUUCUCCGCCGACCACGACCUGCUGAAGGACUACAUCAAGAGGCAGAUUGAGUACUACUUCAGUCUGGACAACCUGGAGCGGGACUUCUUCCUGCGGAGGAAGAUGGACCAGGAGGGCUUCCUGCCCGUCGGACUCGUGGCCAGUUUCCACCGAGUUCAGGCUCUCACCACCGACGUCAACCUCAUCAUGGAGGCCCUGAAGGGCAGCCAGGAGGUGGAAGUGAUCGACAUGAAGAUCCGUCGGAAGGUGGACCCGGAGAAGUGGCCCCUGCCGGGCCUGGCCAUGCUCAACCAAACACACACCGACUUCUCGCAGCUCAUCAACUGCGCCGAGUUCGUGCCGAGGCAGACGGCCGACGAGCCCCGGGGCUCUCCCAGGGCCUCCAGGGCCUCCAAGCCGACCAAGCAGCACAGCAGGAGCGAACUGGACUCCAACCUCAAGACGAUGCCCAAGGGCCUCUCCGCCAGCCUCCCCGACCUGGACUCCGAGUGCUGGAUCGAGGUCAAGAAGAGGCCCAGACCGUCCCCAGCCAGACCCAAGGUCAGCGCGGAGGCCCCCUCGUUGCAGAAGGAAAAGGACGACUCGGCCCGCUCUCCGGGGCCUCAGCCCGGCGCCUCGCCCUCCCCGGCUCCCACCGGGAAUAAGGACGGGGCGGAGCCGGACGAGCCCGAGGAGCUGGACUUCAUGUUCGACGAGGAGAUGCAGCAGAUGGACGGUCGGCGCAACACCUUCACCGACUGGUCGGACGAGGAGACGGACGGCGAGAUCGACGACCACGACGUCAACAAGAUCCUCAUCGUGACGCAGACGCCGCCCUACCUGAGGAAGCAUCCGGGGGGCGACCGCACGGGACACCACACGUCGCGCUCCAAGCUGUCCGGCGAGCUGGUGAAGGUCAUCAACGACGGGCUGUUCUACUACGAGCAGGACCUCCAGGACGACACCUACGAGCCAGAGUACGCCACCAUCAAGCAAGAGGUGGAGAACUUCAAAAAGGUCCACCUGAUCAGCCGCGAAGAGUUUGACUGCCUGACCCCUGAACCCCCAGUCGACCCCAACCAGGAAGUCCCUCCCGGCCCCCCAAAACCCCAGCAGAUCCCCACAGACGCUUUGGCGAACAAGCUCUUCGGCGCCCCCGAUCCCUCCUCGAUAGCUCGCUCGCUCCCGACCACCGUGCCCGACUCGCCCAACUACCGCAGUGCCCGGACGCCGAGGACGCCGCGCACGCCCCACCGCAAGGACCAGACCAUGACGCCGCGCUUCUACCCGGUGGUGAAGGAGAGUUGGCCCGUGGAUGCCAAGACGCCGAGGAAGAGGAAGACCCGGCACAGCGCCAACCCGCCCAUGGAGUGCCACGUCGGCUGGGUGAUGGACUCCAGGGAGCACCGCUCCCGCACGGCCUCCGUCAGCUCAACCGCCAGCCCAUCGGAGGGCACCCCCGCCCUGGGCAACGUCGGCUGCACCCCUCAGUCUCUCCCCAAGUUCCAGCACCCGUCACACGAGCUGCUCAAGGAGAACGGCUUCACGCAACACGUUUACCACAAGUACCGCCGGCGCUGCCUAAACGAGCGAAAGAGGCUGGGAAUCGGCCAAUCGCAGGAGAUGAACACGCUCUUCCGCUUCUGGUCGUUUUUCCUGCGGGAUCACUUCAACAGGAAGAUGUACGAGGAGUUCAGACAGCUGGUGGUCGAGGACGGCAAAGAAGGAUACAGGUACGGACUGGAGUGCCUGUUCAGGUACUACAGCUACGGUCUGGAGAGGAAGUUCAGGCCGGACAUCUUCAAGGACUUCCAGGAGGAGACGACGAAAGACUACGAAGCCGGCCAGCUGUACGGACUGGAGAAGUUCUGGGCGUUCCUUAAAUACUCCAAAGCCAAGACCUUGGAGAUCGACCCCAAGCUGCACGAGUACAUGAGGAAGUUCAAACGUCUGGAAGAUUUCAGAAUCGACCCGCCGAUGGAGGAAGGAGGCCGCAGAAGACACUCGUCCAGCGGGGACGGUCGGCGCCGGCACCCCUCUCUGCCCUCCAGCCGGCCCCAGAGCCAGGCCAGCUCGGGCGUCGCCCAGGGCCCCGCCCCCGUCGCCCAGGGCCCCGCCCCCGCAGCCAAGGAUGAUGCCAAACCCGUCAGCCAGAAAGCCGCCGCCGACCCCGCCCCAGAUGCCAAGACACUGAAGUAACUCCACAAACACGCCGGCCCACAUGGAUCAACUCGACCACAUUUGCAAGUCGCCGGUUCUCUCUGCGCCACAGGAGGGGAGGGGGGAGGGGUGGGGGGGGGCAGUUCGUCACUCAAGCAUGAGUUAUUUUUAUUUGUAUUUUUUUUUUUUUUUUUUGUCUCGAUGAGGCAAGAAGAAUGGAUGAGGGUUGUCAAACUCUUUUAAUUUUUUUUUGAAUUUUUUUGAUUAUCGGCUUGAGAAAUAAUUGCUUGUCCAUUCGGUGGAUGGGUUUUGUGGUGAUUAAUUACCCUGGAAAUUCUUUGUUUUUUUUCUUCUUCUUCUGCUUGUUGAGACAUUUUGCUGCCCACCUCACCCCCCCCCCCCCCUCUCCCCCAGAGCUCAGAUUAAUGAUUAUUAUUUUCUUCUGCGCGUGGACUCUGGAAAAUAAUUUGAACAACAUUGAGCAUCUGGAGGAAGAAGAAGAAGAAGAAAAAAAGAAGCCGCUCUCGACAUCCAACCGGACCAAUAAGCGGUUUGAACCGAGCGACCUGACGUUUCCAUCCCUCCCCUCCCUCCCCUCCUCCGGUGCUUUAAAAUAUUUGAUUUUACUUUAUGGCUGAAUAUUGAAGGGGGUGAAUUGAUAAAAAGAAUCAAAUGAUAUAAAAAAAGAACAAGAGACAGGACUUCCCUCAGCAUGGACACGAUCAUUGAAAGUUGCCUUAUUUUAAUGGUUUACCGCUUCUCUCUCUAGCCGCCUCCUUACCGUCGACUGUACAGCUGUGGAAUCAUCCACAUGCCCCCCCCACCCCCCCGCUCACCCUUUUUCCAGCGGGGAGGCCACUAGGCGGGCGCUGCCGAAAACAGUUUCACCUCCCUCUUCCUCGUCCUCCUCUUCGUCGCUCACUCCACUCCGUCACUUUUUUCCUGAACUUGUCUUCCUGAAAGUGUCAUUCGGUCUGUUACAAAUCCUGUAAUUCUUCCCUGUGUUGUUUUUUUUUUUUAAAUUUUAUUUUAUUUUUGCAAAGUCGUGGGCUUUUAUUUUGGUGCUGAAACAAAAACCCGGUGGAGGUUUACCCCCCCACACCUCCAUCACCUCCCCCUCUCCCAACCCAAAACAGAAACAUUAGGGGGCGGAGAGACCUGGGAGGAUGGGGGAGGGGGUGGGGUGGUUUCUUCCCCUGUCGGACGAGCUGCAUCCAUCCGUUCAUCCAUCUGGCCUGAAGUCAUCCAUCUGGAUUACUUGAAGAAGCUCUCUCACAUGGGGGGUGGGAGGGGAGGGGGGGCUCAGACACCCGGCUUCAGUGUUUAAACCGAAGCUAUCGGUCGGAUGCACACAUCAGUUACAGGCAUGAACACUUGACGGGUGUUGUCGCACGCAGGUACAGAUGUAACACACACACACACACACACACACACACACACAGCUUGAUGUCUGGCUGUGAAACAAAAACAUUAGCGGCACGUUUCUUUCUUCCUCCGCUCGUGUAAAAUGUGAAUUUGACAGAUGAAGAGAGGCGAUUGCAGCAUCCCUGCUACUUGUUUUAUUGUUUAUAGAACAGAUUAUAUAUUUGCCUUAAAACGUGAACGUACUCUAAAACGUUUCUUUUUUUUUGCCUCUUUUAAUGUUCUCAUGAUUUAUCUUUUUUAAUUUCUCAAUUUGCAGUGUUUCUAGCGUUGUUGUUGUUGUCGUUAUGAUGGAAGGUUGGCUUUGGGUCGGGCUGUUUUUUAUUUUAAUUUUUUUUUCAGAAAUGGGAACAUAACUCAAAAGGGAAAAUUGCCAGCGGGUGUAAAAACUAAAUUUGUGAGCUUCAGAGGGUUUCAGGUUGCAAUCAAAUUAUUCUUUGACAAAUUUUAAUUAUUCAAUCUUCAGCCUCCUGUUUUUCAACAUUAUAAACUCAGUUUUUUAUUUUUUUUUAUUUAGAAUUUAAAUGACCCACUUUGUUGUUUCCUUCAGCUCCCAAUUGAUAAAUCGUUGAUUGUCAAAACAACUGUCAACAUUUUAAAAUGCAUUUAAAGGAACUAAAGAGCUUGAAGGAGGAAAAAAAACGCGACGAUGUUAAUGCAAAGCUGUACUUGUGUUUUUAUUUUAUUUUUAAUGUUGCGUUUAUCUUCAGGGAGAUUUGGAUCCGUUUCAGACGCUCACAGUUGACGCAUCGGAGUGUUUACUGGAGGUUCUCGAUGAAAGAGCGACUCGAGAAUAUCCAGAAAAGAGGAAACUCGCCCCCCCCCCCCCCCC